GACGGACGGACAAGCGCGCGCACAAAAGGAGAGCGAGCGAGCGAGAGAGAGAGAGAUAGCGCGCGCGAGCUCGAGCUGGAUUCGCUACUUUCAUUCGGCUCACUGAGGUUUCAACUAGCGACACAAGCGGCUGUCUGUCACUUUCACCUGCUGAAAAUGAUCCUCAAAUUCACCUGCCUGCUCGGAUUGCUGCUCUGCGGCUGUCAAGCUGUGCUUCAGGUGGCAAUAUCACUCAAUAAAGUGGAACUGAGUGUCGGAGAGUCUAAAUUCUUCACAUGCACAGCCAUUGGUGAGCUGCUCAGCAUAAACUGGUUCAGUCCUCAAGGCGAGCGUAUCAUCUCAAACCAGAGAGUGAUCGUUCAAACAGAGGGCGCGCGGUCCAGGCUAACCAUCUACAAUGCCAUCAUCGAGGAUGCUGGGAUAUACCGAUGCCAGGCUGUGGACGCCAAAGGACAGACCCAGGAGGCCACGGUGGUGCUGGAGAUUUACCAGAAGUUGACGUUCCGCGAGGUGAAGACGCCGCAGGAGUUUCGUCAGGCCGAGGACGCUGAGGUCAUCUGUGAUGUCAUCAGUUCACCUGUGCCAGCCGUGUCCUGGUUCUACAAGAACAGAGAAAUCACGUCCGAACCGAACAGCAGAUUUCAAGUGCUUCCCAGCAACAACCUGCAGAUCCUGAGAGUGAGCAAAGCCGACGAGGGCGUGUAUCGCUGUGAGGCACGUGUGGAGGCCCGAGGAGAGAUCGAUUUCAGGGACAUUGUGGUGCUGGUGAACGUUCCUCCGGUUCUGUCAGUGCCGCAGCAGUCCUUCAACGCCACCGCCGACUACCAGGAGUCAGUGACGUUCACCUGCAUCACCUCCGGCUCCCCCGACCCUCAGGUGACCUGGUACUGGAAGGGUCACGUGAUCGAGCGAUCGGAGCAGUAUGUGUUCAACACUAUGGACGGAGGCAAAAGCACGUUGACCAUUAAAAACAUCCGUCAAGGGGACGGAGGGCCGUACACCUGCCGCUCCAGCAACAAGGCCGGGAGCACCGAGAGUCAGCUGUUCCUCAAAGUGUUCGUCCAGCCUCACAUCACUCAGCUGAGGAACGUCACAGCGGUGGAGGGAAGCGCUGCGAUGAUCUCCUGUACGGCUGAGGGAGAACCGCUGCCCGAGAUCUCAUGGAGGAGAGCCAGUGAUGGACAGACGUUCACAGAUGGAGAUAAGAGUCAGGACGGCCGUGUGGAAGUGCGUGGACGGCAUGGGAAAUCCAUGUUGACCAUCAGCGGCGUUCGACUCUCAGACUGGGGUCGAUUCGACUGUGAAGCUCUCAGCAGGAUCGGAGGCCAUCAGAAGAGCAUGUUCUUGGAUAUUGAGUAUGCACCGAAGUUCCAGACUAAUCAAAGCAUCUUCUACUCAUGGGAGGGAAACCCAGUGAACAUCAGCUGCGAUGUGAGGUCCAACCCUCCAGCGACGAUGCUGUGGAGACGAGACCGGUUUACCAUCUCUAGUCAAGGGACCAGCAACAUUCGCAUUUACACUGCAGAGGGACGAUCUCUUCUGGAGGUCACUCCGGUAUCCGACAGGGAUUUUGGACGCUACAACUGCACAGCCAGAAACAACAUUGGCGCUCGAUACCAGGAGUUUAUAUUAGCACAGGCAGAUGUCCCGUCGAACCCGUACUCUGUACGGCUCACCGCCGUCUCCCAGCGUCUCGCCACCGUCACCUUCAUGAAGCCCGACUCGCACGGCGGCGUCCCGAUCAGCUAUUACAUCAUCAACUACAAAGACACGAGCACGCAGGAUUGGAGGACAGUGAGAUCACAUGGAGUUCAGACCGCAGUAGUUCUGGCCAGCCUGGAGCCCAACACGACGUAUGAGGUGAGAGUGGCGGCCGUCAAUGGAAAGGGUCAGGGUGAAUUCAGCCACACAGAAACCUUCCAGACGUUACCCAUCCGCGAGCCGAGUCCUCCGACGGUUCACGGACAGAGAGGCGUCGGGAAGGCCUACAGACUGGGACUGAUCAAACAGGACGACGGUGGGAUGCCUAUCGUCGAGUACAUCGUGAAGUAUAAAACGGAUAAAGAGGAGCAGUGGAUGACGAAGCUGGUUCCCGGCAUGAAUGAUUUCGCGCUGCUGCAGCCGCUGCAGUGGAACACGCGCUACAACGUGGAGAUCACGGCGCGCAACGUCAAGGGCCUGUCGGAGCCCACCUUCUUCCAGUUCCUCAUGCCGCAGAAACCCGACAUCACAGCAGAUUCUCUGUUCAGCGGUCUGGGUCUCGGCGCUGUGGUGGGUCUCGGGGUGGCGGCUCUUCUUCUGCUGCUGGUGCUGGUGGACGUGUGCUGCUUCUUCCUCCGUCAGUGCGGUCUCCUCAUGUGCAUCACCCGCAAACUCUGCAGCAAGAAAACCACAACCAGCGGCAAGAGCAAAGAGCUGGAGGAGGGCAAAGCCGCCUACCUGAAACUCCCGCUGAAGGAGGAGAACGGCAAGGAGGUGCUCAAGCCGGACUUGAUCGAGAUCAAGGUCCACACGGACAACAGCAUCCACACAAAACAGGACGACAGCAAAGCGUAAUGGAGACCGGAGGCAUUCCCGGCCCCAACAAACUGAGACCAAAACAUAGAAAUCAAAAAAAAUAUCACAAAAGAGUAAAGAAAAAAGAAGAAAAAAGAAAAGAAAUCUUCACUAAUGAAGGGCGUGUAAAUAUGUUCAAAUAUAAACAGAGUUUUUUGUGAUAAAUCUACUGUUCUUUCUAUCCACGAUGGCUCCAGCACUACUUUUCGGUUGAUGUUUCCGUCUUUGUGUUUUGGAGGAUCUCAGAAAUGAGCCCAUUGAAUUCCCAGGCCUUCUUCUACUGUCCAGGCAUGUCCAGUCCGAUUUCUGACCAGCGGGACGUCGUAUUGGGUCAUAAACACUGCAAACAAAGAUGUUCUUCCACAGGAUUUCUGUCUUGUUUUCCAGCACAAAUAUAUUUAAUCAUUCUUAAAUCAAGAUACAUUUACUGGAGAAGCAAAAUGACUGAAGAGAUGAAGUCUAGAUUACUGAACAAUUGAUCAAGAUGGAGUUUAUGCUCAAAACAGGAGAAAUAUAUAUACCCAUACCUAUACCCAAACCCAUAUAUUAUAUAUAUAUAUAUUUAUAUAAAAUGUGAAAACCCAUCACAUGGUGAAAUUUUACCUUUAACAGGUUUCAACACCAUAUGAAAGCUGGAUUUCCAAAUCUGUUUUUACUUCUUUCAUAGCUAGGAAUAUAGACCUAAGGUUGAUCUUGUUUUAAAGAAGACACUUAUCAGAUUAUUGUAGAAGUGAAAUAAAUUAUGAAAGUGAAAUAAAAAAAGUUAUAGAAGUUUAAGUUUAUGAAAAUGUAAAAAUAUAAUUGUUUAUAUUUUAUAAUAAUAUAUUACUAAGCGUGUUCUACUCUUAAACUGCAACAAAAUCCAAAAAUGUCAAUUGAAAUAUUUCAAAAAAUGAGCUUUUAGUAAGAUUUUGUUUGGGCGCAGUAUCAAACUUUAUCACUAGAUGCCACCCAAGCUCCAUAUCUGACCAUUUAAGGGCGCCUUAAUUUAUUUGAGUGAUCUGAACCAUAUAUUUCCAUAUAUUUUCAUGCAUUUUAUGAAGUAGACAUCCUAUUCAGAAGUAGUAUGUGCAGUUUGGCAGUAUUUAAUAUGAAUUCAACCUCUAAUAAACACAUAAUUAGAACAUGUGUGUUCAUUACAGCUCCGUUGUUCUCUUGUGCUCCGCCUUCUCACGAUAACAUAGUGCCAUAGUUUAUACAGGACUGGCGGGAAAUUUGCAUUAAUACACCUUCAUUCUACAUGUUAUGUGGUUUAUUUUGAUAGGUGAACUGUCUGUAGUGUUAAGAGAUGGAAAGCUAUGGCCGAUUUUUUUUUUUUACCUCAGCUGGGUGUGUUCUUAAACAGUAACGUUAGAGAAAGAGCUAUUUUUUUGCACUUAACAGGCAAAUUUUGCCAAGAUAUUUUCAGAGAUGAUAGACAAGAUGUUAUAGAAUGAUAAUUUAAUGAAAACCUAUUUUUGACAAAAAAAUAACAUUCAACCUAUUUUUUUAAUUUACUGAAAACGUUCCAUCGCAACAUCCGACAGGUUUCCCAUCAUAUAUAUAUAUAUAUAUAUAUAUAUAUAUAUAUAUAUAUAUAUAUAUUGACCCCACUGGCAGAUUUUUUUUAAUUAGUUUUAAGUAUAAAUUCACUAUUCGUUAUGUUCCAUUCAGUGGACUCUUAUUUUGAUAUUCUGUUCUGUUUCCUUUAGUUUCCUUUUCUCUGCUCUGUUUAGUUUCGCAUUUUGAACCUUUGAUUCACUUGAAACCAAUUGCUUCGGAAAAUGAUUCACUGAACACCUUUUACAAACUAUUUGCAAAUGUUAUAUCCAUGGUAUAAUCUAUUAAGUGCAAUUAACAAAUCAUCUAAUACCAUUAAAUAUGAAGUGUCUAUAUAAUAUGUGUUUAUUUUAUUAAUAAAAUGUAAGUGUUUUAUGGAGAUCUUGGUUAAUCGCACCAAUAAGAGACGUCUAACUACAACUCCUCCUUUUUAAUAUACAAAUGUGUCAUUAAAUGUCUACAAAUGUAUAAAAUUGAUCCAAGUACAGGUAGUUCAGAGUUCACAGAGAUCAUAGUGGCAAAAUAUUGAAAUUUCAAAAAAAAUUCGAAACGGUUCUGACGCAACGAAGCGAAUCACUGGUUUGAAACAAAUGAUUCGCAAAAGUUUUAAAGCUUCACGAAUCGUGUUUCGAAAGAAUCUAUUAGUGAAUUUAUUUUCUGAACUCGCAAAAUAUACGUAACAGAUUCAUUUUUUCGUAAACAAGACUUCAUAUCUUCAGUCAUUUUUCUUCUGUUCCAGUAAAGGUUUCUUGAUUUAAGACUGUUUAGAUGUUUGUACUGGAAAACAAGACAGAAAUACUGAGGAAGGAUUUCAGAUUCUCAUCUCAAUGUGUCCAUCGGUUUUUGGCUUUUUCAAUGUUUUCGUGGGACUUUUCCCAGAAUCCCACAACCUUUGGAUUUCUUCUAUUUUUCCAGGCAUGUCCUAGGCUCUUUUGAGACGGAGCGUCUCAUAUAUGUCAACAUUUGAAGAGGUCAUCGGUUUGUAUUCUCCAUCUUUCAGGGUCGCUUCUCAAAAGAAACCUGGCAAAACCUUGUAGUAAAGUGACUUUGUAGUUUGGAUUUCCUCAACUGCCAUGAUGCCAGAUGAAAUGCUCUUCUUAAUUUAUGUUGAUUAAUGUGUGAUGUGAGAAUGACUGGACGUGUUCUGCGCAAAUACACAGAGAAGCGAAUGUUUGACCGACACUUUGCAGCGCAGUUUCUGUGUUUCUGUGUGGCUCCAGCACUCAAGAGGGCGCUAGAGUGUACAUUAACUAUCUCAAACCAGAUGUGUUGUUAUUCAAGCACCUGCUGUAAACAGUUUAACAAACUUGCUCUUUAAACGGUUAGUCCAUCAGGACAGUGAUUAAGAUGAAUCUGUCGCCCCCUGGAGUCCGGUGUUAUUUUACUAUUAUUUAUAUAGUAUUAUUAAUGUUUUGAAUUUGCUUUUAUUUUUAUAUUUUUAGUUUCAUUUUAAUCUUAGUUUUUUGUACUUUUAUUAUGUGCUUUUUGUCAUUUUUAAUUUGUUUUAAUUUGAGUGUUAUUUUUAAAAUUGUAUUUUAUUUCACUUAAUUGCUAAGGCAAUAUUGAUAUGUAUUUAAGAUUAAACAUUUUCAUCGGAUAAAUUUUAUUUCACUUUAACGAAGUGUAUUAAUAUUUUGAAUUAGCUUCGCUUUUUACAUUUUUGAGUUUAUUUUAU